AUAUAUAUCGUCACUGUGCUGAGGCUGUAAGUGUUAGUUUAACUACAAUAUAUACAUCAAUAGAAUAAAACAAGAAUAGAAUAAGAGUAGCAGUUAUAAAUAUUUACAUUCAAGAGGUGAAAAAUAUUAUUGUUUUUGUUUUUGUUGUGUGAAGCACUUUGUGUUGCAUUCUUCUUCUAUGAAAAGUGCUAUAUAAAUAAAGUUUGACUGAUUGAUACAGCAGUCAUGAUCAUCAUCUGCAGCCUGAGUAGCUGCAGCCUAAUCUGUGCUGCAGGUUGUAAUAACGUGUUUGUCCUGUUGAGGGCGGUGUUGAGCCAGUUUCUGCUCCACAAAGAGUAUAAAGGAGCUGAUGAAAAAAAGGCGAACUUGCCUCCAAUUGUUGAAGCGUCACGUCAUGGAAAGAGUCACUUUGUUGCAGCGCGCUCAGGAAUAAACCCAAAGAAACAAUACAGAGCUGUGCUGUGUGUUGAUCCUCUGCAGGAGGACACUGUCUGGGUGCUGACUCUGCUUUUAUUCCUCCACUUUCAAGGAUCGACUGAAGAUGCGCAGGAACCUGUUUACAAGGAAAACGCAGCAAGUUUCAGUGUGAGGGAAUGCGGAGCGGGCUCACAAUGCACAGGGAUACCAUUACUCAUCCCUCUGUUUUUCUCCACACCGGACCACUUUGUCUUCAAGAUAUUUGCACCGAGGAUCAUUUCUAGGCUCCGGGAUGAGAAACAAGUGUCCGGUAAAGGAACAAGGCGAAGCUGCAGUCCGGUUUUUGAGGAUUAAAGCCACCGUCGGUGCUUUUGGAGGAGCUCCGUUGUGAAACCAGUUUUGUUUUUGAACCUGUUGUGUUAGGAAAGGAGGAAGCGUCCUUGUGUUAUGAGGAAGUUUGUGUGUUAUAGAGCGUUUAUAGCCUGAAGUUACUGUUAGACUUUUACACAUAUUAGAUAGUAAGACAACAGAGUGAUAAUCUCAAUGGGCUGAGGAUGCUCGUGGGCACAGGAGGUUUGUUUUAGACUCAUUUGUUGGUGUAAUAGUUUUACGUAACUGUUGACUUACCAAGCGUCAGAUCAUUAAAUUUACAUAAGUCAUACUCUGCUGUUGCACACCUGAUCUGACAGCUGCCAUGUAAUUUGAGAUGAGUUUAAAUAUUACAGUGAGCUAGUGUUUCCAACACAGCAUGCAUCAGGACAGCAGCAGCAUCAUCUAGGCACUAUGUGCAUGUAGAAGUUUUCUUGCUUUCGGACCCGCUGGAGUAUCAAGAUGUCAGUGAAAGCCAAAGCGAUCUACACUUUCCUGAGUGAAAACAAAGAGGAGAUCAGCAUCCAGGAGAAUGAGGAACUGGUUAUCUUCGAUGAGAAGUCGGUGGACGGCUGGUUUCAGGGGGAGAACAGCCGAGGGGAGAGGGGUCUCUUCCCUGCGUCCUAUGUGGAGAUUAUUCGCACUCGCUCCAACUCUAAUGUGACUGACUGCUCCAUAAGCCCGGCGGGAUCUUUAGGAAAUGACUCCUCCUACUUCCCUUCAACCCCAAACACCACUCUGCAUUUGCAGCAGAGUUACUAUGACGACGACGAUGAUGACUGGGACGACUGGGACGACAGGUCAACGGUGGUGGACGAUGGUGACCACACUAGGAGCCCAGGAGCCAAUGGACAUGCCCAUCAGAGCCCGCUGUCCAACAACCCCAAUGUGCACUACCGGGCCAAGCCGCACAUGGAGAGACAGGACAGCAUCUCCAGCUCGAGGAAAGGCAGCAUGGUGGGCAGGAACUUGAACAGAUUUUCCAGCUUUGUGCGCUCAGGGGUCGAAGCGUUCGUGUUGGGGGACGUGCCCAUGAUGGCAAAGAUAGCUGAGUCAUACACCAUCGAGAUGGGUCCCGUGGGGCCUGUGUGGAAGGACAAUCCACAGCCUUUCUCCUGCUCCAUUGAAGACCCCACAAAACAGACAAAGUUCAAGGGCAUCAAGACGUACAUUUCAUACAGGGUCACGCCGAGCCACACUGGGCGUCCUGUCUACAGACGCUACAAACACUUUGACUGGCUGUACAACCGCUUGCUGCACAAGUUCACUGUGAUCUCUGUGCCUCACCUGCCCGAGAAGCAGGCCACGGGGCGAUUCGAGGAAGACUUCAUCGAGAAACGUAAGAGACGGCUGAUACUGUGGAUGAACCACAUGACCAGUCACCCAGUCCUCUCCCAGUACGAAGGCUUUGAACACUUUCUGAUGUGCGCUGACGACAAGCAGUGGAAAUUGGGCAAGAGACGAGCGGAGAAAGAUGAGAUGGUGGGUGCCCAUUUCAUGCUGACCCUCCAGAUCCCCAAUGAGCACCAGGACCUUCAGGAUGUAGAGGAGCGCGUCGACACCUUCAAGGCCUUCGCUAAGAAGAUGGACGACAGUGUGAUGCAGCUCACGCACGUCGCCUCGGAGCUGGUGCGUAAACACCUGGGUGGGUUCAGGAAGGAGUUCCAGCGGCUGGGGAAUGCCUUCCAGUCCAUCAGCCAGUCGUUCAUGCUGGACCCUCCCCACAGCUCCGAGGCCCUCAACAACGCCAUCUCCCAUACAGGCCGCACCUACGAGAACAUUGGAGAGAUGUUCGCAGAGCAACCUAAGUAUGACCUCUUCCAUAUGCUGGACAAGCUGUCACUCUACCAAGGCCUGCUGGGCAACUUCCCCGACAUUAUUCAUCUACAGAAAGGUGCCUUUGCCAAGGUGAAGGAGAGCCAGCGGAUGAGUGACGAAGGGAAGAUGGACCAAGACGAGGCAGACGGCAUUAGGAAACGCUGCCGGACGGUUGGGUUUGCCCUCCAGGCAGAGAUGACCCACUUCCAUCAGCAGCGAGAGGUGGACUUCAAAGACAUGAUGCAGGCCUACCUCACCGAGCAGAUAGCCUUUUACCAGCGUGUUGUCCAGCAACUGGAGCGCACCCUGCGCAUGUAUGACUGUCUGUAAGGACGCCGAACUGCUGCCCAGUUCAAGAUGCCAAAAAACACAGGACAAACGGAAAAGGAGUAAUCGAAGUCUUGACUCUUAUCAAGGCGUUUUGUUUGGUUCAGUUUGAAAAGACUUAAAUAAAUGAAACAGUAGUUACUGGAAAGACGUGCAAAGCCGGUCAGUCUUUCACUUUGAUGGAUUCAAAGUUUCCUUUUUUUGUUUUUUUUAAAAAACCUACUGUACCUAUUAUUUCUGAAAUACACAUCACAUAGGCAGUGUCACAGCAUAUUGUUUAUUUUACAUAAUUUAAGGUGUUUGUAACAUUAAAAUAAGAAUAUAGGUUUCAGAUUCAUAGCGAAUCUAUAGUUGAUUGUUCUUUAGUGUGACACCAUGAAACGGGUUCUGUUCUGAAAAUGUCCCCUUCUCUAUAACAUCAUGCACUUUGGCUUCUCCUGGGACUGAUUCAAGUUACCUUUGAAGGUCCAGUGUGUAGGAUUUAGGGGGAUAUGUUGGCAAAAACGGAAUAUAAUAUAACAAGUAUGUUUUCUUGAGUGUAUAAUCACCUGAAAAUAAGAAUCGUUGUGUUUUUGUUACCAUAGAAAGAGCCGUUUAUAUCUACACAGGGAGUGGGUUCUUGUCCACGGAGUGUGCCAUGUUUCUACAGUAGCCCAGAGAAACCAAACAGUGACUCCGGAUAGGGCCGUCUACGUUUUAGUGUUGGUCACCGUAGUAAGCAGCCUCUCUGCAAUGAGCCAAAACUGCUUUACUCUGUUUUUACCAGUUCAAAUCCUGCGUCCAUUUGUUUUGGAGAGGCCUUUGUGGAUAAUUCAGCUCCCGGUAAAAACCUCCUGAACAACAAACAACACAGUGAUUGUAAGAGGUGUACACAUGCCACGUCUUUAACCCCCUCGAAAACGUGCUACGGAACGGGUGCUACUUUUGUGCCUUUUUUGGGAGCCAGCUUUCAAGAGCACGGUGGCAGGUUGCAUCUGAUGUUGCUAGGCAACCUUAGCAAGCACCAUAUCACAGCCCGUUUACCUAAAGAUCCUGAGUGCAGAGCUGAUCUUCUUCCAGGUGCUCUUUAUAAGUAUGUAAGCCUGUCGUCGAUGGGACAGAUGUAAAGCUCUGGUAGCUCUGCACUAACAUGAUCAACUUUUCCAUAUUUAUCGCAGACUGAUAUUUACAUAAGACGGGAAAGAUAUCUGUCGGCUGUGACUGGUUGUUCCUCAUCACAUGACAUGCGGUGCGCGGUACUGCAUUUCAAAGUUGAACUCGGUUUAUUUCAGAGGUCAGCUACUGUUUGAGCGCCUGUUGUGCGUCUACAUUGAAAACGGUGAGUUUGAGGGCACAAAAAGUGCAGCAUGCGUACGACCCCUAACCUGGAGUUCAUGCUUGGCAUACGGGAUAAAUUUCAGCUGAUUGAAAUCUGCAAUCCUCACCGUUAGAUGCCAUUAAAUCCUACACACUGUUCCUUUAAUGUCUACAUUUCUAGAAAACAAACACAAUAUUUUGGUGAAUUUACCAACAUCCAUUUAACAUUCCAUUUUUUUUGUAAUGCAGCAUUUUAGGAUUUACUGAUGUCACUGAUUUUACUCUUCAGACCAUGAAAUGAAAGUAUGCACUGCAUACUGAAGUGGAGUUUCACCAUCAUCUUGUUGAGUGCUCAUCUUGCUCAGGUGUUCACUGCUUUGAAAUUCACAUCAGUUUCUCUGGUAUCUCUCAGUGCAAGUCACAAAUGUCUCUCUUAACUUUGCACCACGUGGAAGACUUACUGAUACCAUGUAAUUCAGUUCAGUGAUGUCUCUUUUUUAUGAUUGUCACGCAGUAAGUGCCUUUAAGGAUCUGAGGCAUUCUGAUGGAGUAUUUUAAAUGGACCAUUUGUCUGUAGCAUGGCUUGUGGGAAACUAUUUCGAAUGAGUUGCAUUUAGAAACAAGUUUGCACAUGUUUUUAUACACUAGUGGGUCAUAUUGUGUGGGGGCGUGUUUAUGUGUGGGCGAGCAAGUGAAAUGAGUCGACUACUGUGCUGAUCAGUUCCCUUUUCCACGGCAGAAAACAAAAAAUGAUAUCUUUUUAUGUAGCAGUGGGUUUAUCUAGUCAGCCAGUAUGAAACGUAGUCGCAUAGUUGUAGUGGAUUGACUGGUUGUAGAGGCAGAAUGUCAACUUGGCAUUUCAGUGCUUGUAUUAAAUCUUUUAGUUGACACAAGACCAAAUUCUUCCUGUUGUUAAAUGUAGUCUGGGUCAAAACACAGUACAAAUUAAUGUUCAUAUCAAGUAUUUUAAAACAACACAACAUAUAAAGCCACAUUAUAUCAUUCAGAUUAUCUCUGCACUGUACCCAUAAUAACUUAAAGAAAUUGUUCUUACAUUUUGGGAAAUACUCUUAUUUGCUUUCUUGAGUAUUAAACUGCAGCUAGCAGAUAGUUAGCUGAGCUCAGCAUGAAGCCUGGAGACAGGCACAGCAAACCUGGCUCUGCUCAAAGCUUGUAUUACUCACCAAUUAAAAAUGUUAUAUUUCAUUUGUUUAAUCUGAGCAAAAAUGUCAAUUUGUGGUUUUUCCUGGGGCUAUGACUCAUGACAAUAUUACAGUACGUCACCUCCUGUAAAACCACAACUUGUCCUCUUACACUUGACUUUUUGUUUGGAUUAAACUAACGAAGUAUGACGUGUUAAUCAGUGAGUUUUAAAUGUCCUGGGAUGCAGAUUUAGUCAUGUGGACAGAGCCAGGCUAGCUUUGUUUCCCUUUGUUUCCAGCUUUUAUGCUAAGCUAAUGUGACUGCCUUUGUGCCUUAAAUUUAUCCUGCAGACAUGGAGGUGGCAUCAAUCUUCUCUCAGCAAGAAAGCAAAUAUGCUUAUUUCCUAAAGAUGUUGAACAUUUCCUUAAAUAAUAAUACAUAGCUUACAUGUUUUUGCUCUUCCUUCAGCUGUGAUCACAGUGAUGUAUCACAUUUUAUAUUUAGUUUUUCACAUUUAUGGGCGAAUGCACAAAGAAUGGAUUGCAGCCGCUGAUGGCACCAUGAACCACGCAUCACUUGCUAUCUGUCCUGUCUCAAGGUCUGAUUCUCAAAAGAUACAGUAUUGUGCUAACGAUAUUACAGCACAAACACUCCCAUAAAGUUGAGUUACAAGUGAGUGCAAUUUGCCCUUUUUUGCAUCUGAUUUUUAAGUAUAGUAGAGUAGAGUAUAAAUGUUGCCUUUGCACCAAGAACACAGUAGGCAGAGAGAAAAAGAAAACUGAAAUUUUCAAAAUGUAAGUGACAGGUCCUGACUGGCAAGGUGAGGAGGCAUUCCUCUAAACCUCAGGCAAGGAAUAUAGAUAUGACAGAGAGAAAGUGUAUUUGGGUGAGUGCUGGGCAUGACACCCCUUUUAAAUGCAACCCGGUAUCGCUCUGAAGUCAUCGAAUAUUGGUGCUUGGGCAGUGACUUCCGGCAUCAGACACCGACGACAAAAGUUGUCCUUUCUUCUCGGCAUGAUACUCGACCUGCUGCCAUUACUAUUAUCCCUUAUUAUCAUUAUUAUUGGGAAACAUGGCAGGACAACAAUGCAAGUGAAGAGGGCGAAAAGUCUGAAUGGGGCAUUUGGGAGGUUGAUGGGUCCAACAGCCACUGACAUUCACCCAGGAUGCCGGUUUUCGCUUCCUGUAGGAUUGUAAAGCCAAACCCUGUUCUUUUUUCUAAACCCAGCCACGUGCUUUUGUUGCCUAAACCCAACCUCCUGCGUGCGUUGGCUAAAUGUAACCAUGUGUGUUUGUUGUAAAAGGAAAAAAACGUCCAUUCACAAUGUACCAACUUAGCUCAUUUAUUUUGAAAGAGACUGUGUGCAAACUGUACAUUUCCCGUGAAAACAAACGUAUACUUUGAAAACAGACAAAGCAUGGGACAGGCAGAAGUUAACAUGACAUGUACCAGGGUGCCUUGAACAUCAUAUCUUGAUGUGGAAAGUCCACGACCAAGCGUCAAUAUGUGACACGGUCGAAUGAAUUGAAUGAGUAAAUGUGUUGCUAAAUGAGCUUCAGUUAUCACCAACUCUCUGAAGAUGCUAAUAUUUUCACUGUAACUAGCACGGAUCUUUGUGAAUUGGCAGGGAGGCUAAUUUGUGUAAAAAGGGGCAUCAAAUGUACAGAUGUAGCCGCCUAGAAUUGCCCCUCCUAAGUGACGGCCUUGUGGCUGCCAGCCGGCUGCCAGUCACCUCCCAUCCACUGAGAAUCUGCCCAGCUCUUUCUGUUUCCUGACAUCUCGUGACUAGAUUCCACUGUAAACACACCCAUUCAUUCUCAGGGUGUCACCAUGAGAUGGCACUUCCUUGACAAAAACAAAAACCAGUGCACUGAAACUCUUGCCUUGGUGGAAUGUACAGGACAGCUGAUUCAUCAGCUGAUUGCAGCUGCAAUAAACCACUUCAGCUUCCAUAAUCACUGCACUGCCUGGUGGACAGAUACAUCAUUAUAACUUGUCUAUCAUGUCAGGGGAUCUCAUUCCAGUCAAGGACCUGCUAAGGUCCUAGCAGGGAUACGUCAUAGAUCUGCCUGUGCCCCAUCACAGAGGAACAGGAAAUACUAGGUGGCUAAAUUUCUAUGCAUGUUACGUAAUUUACAUCCAUGCCAACAGCACAGGAGCACCAACAUGCUAUUUGCUCGGCACAGUUAGAGCUGCAUGUCACCCUUUUAGAAUUUCACGGUUUCAUUUAGUCUUAUUUGCGGCCACAAAAGCUGCGCCAUCUUUUUGUGAAUUCGCCUGUGAGUGCACUAAUUUUACUCACUGAAUAAGAUUUUAGUGACUCUGAGGAUUCGAGUCCCACUCUUCACGGCUUGAGUGAGUGUUUAUUCCCAAAUAAGAGUUGUUCCAGUAACAUUACUCAUCCUGUUUAACAAGAGAAAGAUUUCAUGGCAACUUGCGGUCUGACGAGACUAUCUUUAGCAUCGUGUUAACUUUAGAGGUUUAUGUGGAGUCUGCAUUGCAGUUAUAUGCAUUACCUCAAGAAGUGUAGGAAACGUUUUGUGACUUUCUCCUGAAGCAAUUUCCAGUGUUGAUGGAAGAGGGUUUGAUCGCUCAGUGGUGUGUUUAGGUGCGGGUGAGAAAAUUUAUUUUGUGACAUCUCUGCCUGGUGUUGGUGAAUUUCAGAAUUAAAGAUUAGAGGUGUAUUAUGGUUCUCUCAUAACAAAAGAAAGUGCUGAUUCAGACUGCAGGCUUCUCAGUAAACAAAUGGUCCCUGUGUGUGUGUGUGUGUGUGUGCGUGUGUGUUUGUGUGUGACUCACUUAUGAGUGUCUCAGUUACUGGUACUGUUCAGUCCACAUCUGCAGCCUUUAACUCUUUGCAGUCUAAAUGUGGUGUUGUUUAUGUUUAUUUUUUUGAACAAACCUUUGCUUGUGAUAUUUCAGCAUUGUUUUUUGUUGAAAGUUCUGUCAGCAUUUGCACUCAUCACAGUUUCUCUAAGACCAAAGAAGUCAGAAAUUUUCUACCGGGCUUCCUUUUUUACUCUGUUUUGGUUGAAGUGAAAUUGAAUGUGCUCUCUGGUUUUGUAAUUGAAUCUGUUCUACUCUGAGGAAAAUGUGAAGAGAGCAUUUGGAAAAACCAAAAAACAAAACAAAACAAAACAAAAAAACCCAACAUUCCACAAAGAAACUAUAAAGGAAACCAAAGGCAACGACAGAUUUUGGGCAGAAGAAAGGUGUGCAAGGUGCAACAGAAAGAGUGAGAAACCCUUCAAAGAAGCGCUUGCAGCCCCCGUCUGGUUUCCUAAUGACACUCUCCUCUCAUGUUCCAAAGCUGCAUGAUAAGUUAAAUGCCAGGCAUUUCACACAGGUGACUGUUUCUCAACAUGGAUGUGUGACCGGGCGAGUUGCAGGAGCUCUAUGCUUUAGUUUCAGUCUCUGAAAUAACAGAUGGUGAUUUUCCAGUAAGUAAUUUGUCACUUGAUUUAAGGGAAGGGGACCUAAAAAUUGUAAUAAAAGUAAUGAUGGUGA